UUGUUUUUGGCCGUAACUUAAAGGAGUUGCUCAUGCCCAUGUAGGAUAUCUCUGGUUGGUUUCGUUGCUCAUGCUCAUCCGCAAGCUUUUGGAUUUAUUGUUAGUCAGAUUUAUGUUUUACUUGCCCUCUUUAUUAAAAAAAAGACUUAUGUUUUACUUCUGUUUGGUUCUAGGAUCUGUGAGUCCUGAGUAGAAUUAAAAGCAUUUGUGCCUGCAUUCUCUGUUAUGUGUAUCUAACUAGUGCCUGCAGUUUGAUUGGCUUGUGUGUCUGAGUAUCUGAUUUAACCCAUCGCUCGACAACUACUUUGAUCUUGCAGUUUCAGCCAUGGGUAAGGACAAGACUCACAUCAACAUCGUGGUCACUGGCCAUGUCAACCAUCACUGGGCAUCUGAUCUAUCCAAGAAGGAAGCUGCUGAGAUGAACAACAGGUCAUUCAAGUAUGCAUGGGUGUUUGACAAGCUAAAGGCUGUCCUCGAAGGAGCGAAGCUCUUCCGUGUUGUUUGUAUCCACCAGAGAUCUGUUUUUACCAACACUCUGAGCAAAGAAAAUUUUCUUCAGGUCAUGUAACCUCCAGAUUAUUCUAUAUCUGAUUCCUUGAGGUUAUGUAACCUUGUACAUAAUCGGCUUCCUGCACGUACCAAGGCAGUGGUGUCUGUCUAUGUCAUGGUUAGGUGAGUCAUUGAGAUUGGUUAGGUGCCUCCCAAAAGUCGCAAGAGCAAGCCAGGAGAAGAAGAUAGAGAACCGAGAUGCCAUUUGAUUAAUCAAUGUCCUUGGCAACGUGUUGUCUCCUGGUGGCGCUCACGAACAGAGACGCAAAAUCCGUAUCACAGAUGGCCGGUACGUACUUUGCCCAUCUUAUUCUUAUUCGUCACCCACCACAAGAUGAGUAAGGAAAGAAUAGUCCUUCUCCUGAUCUUCUCGACGGGUGUAGCGUAACGACUAUUAUAUUCAGAAAGGAGCUAUAGCUUCAUUACCCUGGAUUUUGCAGAGCUCUACUUAGAAUGUUAUCUAUGUGUCUGUAACUGGGCAUCAGCAGACAGUAAUAAGGGCGGAAAGUGGAAACUGGCCGUGUAUGAUUUGAAUUAUUAUCCGGCAUUCGUAUUUUGCUCA